CACUUUCAGCCCCUCUGACUGUUCACAGGGUGUCUUUUCUUUGAGCUCUCCUUGGUGCUGGUUAUGCAGGAGGUUCCUGUCUCUCGGGCCAGGUCACCCAGGGCUUCAAUUACUUGCUUCUCCUCUCCUAGGUCCACUGUUAACAGUCUCUACACUUUUCCAAGAACAGCGGAAAAUGAGUGAAUCCCAGGGGCCAGUGUCAUUCAAGGAUGUGGCUGUAGACUUCACCCAGGAGGAGUGGCAGCAGCUGGACCCUGAUGAGAAGACAACCUACAGGGAUGUGAUGCUGGAGAACUAUAGCCAUUUCGUCUCGCUGGGGUACGACAGCACCAAACCAAAAGUGAUCGUCAAGUUGGAGCAAGGAGAAGAGCCGUGGGUAGCAGAAGGUGAAUUUCCCUGUCAAGGUCAUCCAGAAGUUUGGAAAGUUGAUGACCUGAUAGAGAGAAUCCAAGAAAAUGAAGAUGCACCUUCAAGGCAAGCUGUUUAUAUCGACAGCAAAACCCUGAUUGAAGAGAGAGAGAAUGCGUUUGAUAAAACUUAUAAUAUGGAAACAAGCCGUGUUCCUUCAAGCAUAAUAUCUCAUAAUUGUGUCUCAUGUGGAAAGAAUUUAGAAUCUACUUCAGAAUUAAUUAUUAGUGAUGGAAGUUAUGCAAGAAAGAAACCUAAUGAGUGUAGUGAAUGUGGGAAAACAUAUGGAGAGAAACCCUAUGAAUUUCAGAAUGAAGAAGGCUAUUCUCAAAAUGAAGAAAAUAUUCUUCAGAAAAUUAAUAUUUUGGAUAAACCCUUUGAAUAUAAUGAAUGCAUGGAAGCCUUAGGCAAUGAAGACGUUUUCAUUACUCAUAAGAGAGCUUACAUGGGGGAGAAGCCCUAUGAGUGGAAUGAUUCUGGAUCAGACUUCAUCCAGAUGUCAAAUUUUAAUGUAUACCAGAGAUCACAAAUGGAGUUGAAGCCAUUUGAAUGCAGUGAAUGUGGAAAGUCCUUCUGUAAAAAGUCAAAAUUCAUUAUACAUCAGAGAGCUCACACAGGAGAGAAACCUUAUGAAUGUAAUGUAUGUGGGAAAUCCUUCAGCCAAAAGGGAACCCUCACCGUACAUCGGAGAUCACACUUAGAGGAGAAGCCCUAUAAAUGUAAUGAGUGUGGGAAGACCUUCUGUCAGAAGUUACAUCUCACUCAGCAUCUGAGAACUCAUUCAGGAGAGAAACCCUAUGAAUGUAAUGAAUGUGGGAAAACCUUCUGCCAAAAGACACAUCUCACCCUACAUCAGAGAAAUCAUUCAGGAGAGAGACCCUAUCCAUGUAAUGAAUGUGGGAAAUCCUUCUCCCGAAAGUCAGCUCUCAGUGACCAUCAGAGAACGCACACGGGAGAGAAACUUUAUAAAUGUAACGAAUGUGGGAAAUCCUACUACCGAAAAUCUACCCUUAUUACACAUCAGAGAACACACACAGGAGAGAAGCCCUAUCAAUGUAGUGAAUGUGGAAAAUUCUUUUCUCGAGUGUCAUACCUCACUAUACAUUAUAGAAGUCAUUUAGAAGAGAAACCCUAUGAAUGUAAUGAAUGUGGGAAAACCUUCAAUUUAAAUUCAGCCUUCAUUAGACAUCGGAAAGUACACACAGAUGAGAAACCCCAUGAAUGUAGUGAAUGUGGAAAGUUCUCUCAGUUCUCAUAUCUCACUGACCAUCAUACAACUCUUUUAGGAGAGAAACCCUAUGAAUGUAAUGAAUGUGGGAAAACCUUCCUUGAAAAUUCAGCCUUGAAUGGGCACCAGUCACUUCCAAAAGGGGAGAAGUCCUAUGAAUGUAACAUAUGUGGAAAAUUGUUCUCAGAGUUGUCAUACUACACUAUACAUUAUAGAAGUCAUUCAGAAGAGAAACCUUAUGGAUGUAGCGAAUGUGGGAAAACCUUCUCCCAUAAUUCAUCCCUCUUUAGACAUCAAAGAGUACACACAGGAGAAAAACCCUAUGAGUGUUACGAAUGUGGAAAGUUCUUCUCUCAGAAGUCUUAUCUCACUAUACACCAUCGAAUUCAUUCAGGAGAGAAGCCCUAUGAAUGUAGUAAAUGUGGAAAAGUCUUCUCUCGUAUGUCAAACCUCACUGUACACUAUCGAAGCCAUUCAGGAGAGAAGCCCUAUGAAUGUAACGAAUGUGGAAAAGUCUUUUCACAGAAGUCAUACCUCACUGUACAUUACAGAACUCAUUCAGGAGAGAAGCCCUAUGAAUGUAAUGAGUGUGGGAAAAAAUUCCACCACAGAUCAGCCUUCAAUAGCCAUCAGAGAAUUCAUAGGAGAGAGAAUAUGAAUGUACUUGAUGUGGAAAAUCUCCUGUGAAGUCAGAUUUUAUUUUAGAAAACCCUCUGAAUAUAAUGAAUAUGGGAAAUCCAAUAGGCAGUCAAAUGUCAUUGUUUGAAAGUUCAUGUUUCUGAAUGAGGAAGAACGUUUAGGCGUUAGAGUCAUUUUAACCUGAAUUUUCACAGAACAGAAUCCCUAAGAAUG